GUUUGGGCACCGAUCAACAGAACUAAAAGAGAAUAUACGUGUUUGUUUGUAUUAAAUAAUUCAGUUAAGAGUAUUUGGAAGGAUAUUGUUAUUGUGGGGAUAAGAAGCUGUUGCUGCUACUAAUUAUUCAGUUUUGAAGCUAUGUACAUAUACAUAUGUAUGUAUAUUUAAUGAGAGUCAGCUAUAGACAUAUUCUAUCCAUUUUGAAGAUGGUCGCAAUUAUUUUUAUAACUCUUGCAAAAAAUGAAAGUGCCAGGAAAUUUGAUUGUGGAAUAAAAUAAUUAUGCGGGUGCUUGCAUUCUAGCCACCACUGUUUACCGUACCGGGCGGCUUAUAAUAAUGUAAUGUACCGAAAUCAAAUACGGUACAUAGCACUCUUCUACUGCAAUAAAAUACAGUAGCAGAGAACAUAUACCAUAAUAUAAUAUCAUAUAAUAUCAUAAUACACGUUCUCUGACAGUAGUAUCGAGUCCCUUUAAAAAAAACUUGUAAACAUUAAUGAAAUAAUGAAAAUUCUCAGUAUAUAUCAUUCAUAUUAUUUUAUGCCUUAACCAACCUAGUUUCGUCGUUUUCCAUCACUGUACAUUUAAAGACAGCUGUUUGAAUCAACGCGCGUACGCUAUCAUUUAAAAGUGCAGUUAUUUUGGUUGGGGGUCCCGUUUAUUGUGUUAUUAUUAUAUUUUGCAAACUAAUUGGAUUAUUCUCUCACAAAUCAUAAUAUAUAAUCAUUUUCUAAAUCAAAACACACGUGAUAAAAAUGGGAGGUACUCAAAAUGAGUUGAGUCAAUUUGUAGAAUUAGAAUGGACAAAAUGUGGCGAAAUAAGAAUGUGCGCAAAUCGCAAUGAUUUUCAAUUAAGUUGUAACCAUUGUAGUGAUGUAUUUUACCAAAUGGCUGUUUUCGCACGACAUUUACAUUGGGAACACCAACUGGGACAUGAAUUGCAAAGGAAACAUCAAGGACGAAAUGAUUUAAGCACUUACACUGUGGAAGAAUUGCUUAGCAAUAAAAACAUUGACAAUACGUUCUCGAGCAAUGAAAAUAUCUGCAAUACAAUUUCUGAUGAAGAUGAUACUGGUUUUGGCAGCGACGAAGAAUUGAAAAGAGAAAUUCAGGAAUUGUUGACAAGUAUUGCUUCUGCCGAUUCCUCCAGUAAAACUGAAAAUGAGUAUUCCGAAAAUGUUUCUGAUUAUGGGCACAUAAAAAAUAAUCAUGGAAAUCGCCAAAAUGCUCAAGAUCAGGACAUGCAAAGGUACAAUAAAAACUUUCAAAGAAGUUGUAAAAGAGAGCCAUCGCAGCAGUCGGAGGUUGAAGAAAACAUGAACUAUAAAACUACAACAAACUUUAUUAAGAAAAAUAAUCAGCACAAUUCAAAAAAAUCUGAAAAUGCACCAAAAAUUGCGAAGAAAUUACCACUGAAACAAUAUUUGGAAAGCAAAAAAUUUCUUUUGCAAAGCGAUGAUGAAAGUAAUAGUAGUGACGACUGGCUUAAAAGGAAUACAAGAAAUAAAAGGAAAGAAGUUGUUAGUAAUGUAUUAAAAAAGAAUACCAACGAAAUACAUGCAACCCAAGAUGAACUUGAUAAUUUACGAAACAUUAAAGAUAUACAAUGUAUUCGAUCUGCGGUGAAUGAUCAGGCUUCAACCAACUCGUGUGCUGAAAAAACCUCACAUGCGCUGGACAAUAAAGAUAUUUAUAACGAUAAAGAUAGCAAUAAUAUAUUGAAUGAAAGCGAAGACUUGAUAUUAUCCAAUAUAUCUAAUAUAGGAGGAGGCAAGGACAAUAAAGAAUACGACACCAGCGUUACUGAAAACGAAUCAAAUUUUGUGAUAACUAAUAGUUCCGAAGUAGAAAAUGUAGAAAUUAAAUACGUUGCACCAACUAUUAAUGAUUUAAAUCCUUACCACAAUGAGACGAACGAGAACUGGAGCUCUGUUGAAGAAAUUAAAAACCAGCAAUCUAAAAGUACAACACACGAAAUGGCUAUUGAGAAACCGCUUGAUCUUAGUUUCAAUAAAUCCAAUGAAUGGGCUGAUAUGGAAUUGGAGGAAAUUUCUGAGCUGCUAUCAAUCAAUGUGAAAGCCACAACGGAAUUGAUUACACAAGACAUUGAUAAAUUAUUAGUGCAACAACAACCGAACUAUACAGAUAACUCCUCGUCAUUAUUUAAUGCUGACCAAUUACAAAUAUCUGAUAUAGUUGUAGACAAUUUAUUGCCGCCAUUUUCGAAAUUCUUUACAAAUAAUGCAAACACUCUGAAAAAUUCCAAUACUUUAAUGAUGCAAUCAACACCUAAAGAAAAGAAUGUGAAAACGUCGCAAACGAAAGAAUUAACAAUGAAAACUACAAAACCAAACGAGUGUAUUGCAACUGAAAUUUCACAAACUGCUGGCGAAAAUGUUGAAAACAUUAUACCGGAACAUAAAAUCUAUGAAUUUUCUAAAAACUUGCAACGCAGGUUUAAAAUUUCGAAGCGCAUAUCACAAUGCGACAUAAAAGAAAACAAAUCAAAGAAGACAAAGCAAGAGGUCGAAAACGCGGAGGAAAUUAUUAAAGAAAAUAAAACUACAAAGAAACCGGAUAUUGAAAUAUUGAGCGUUGAUAUAAUUCACCCAAAUGAAAAUAAAAAUCAAAAUAUGCCUGCAAAUUUUGCCAGUAGUAGCAACGUACUACUAGAUGAAAGCAAAGCAAAAAACUGCGACGAUUUGCAAAUUCCUAGUGUAAUACAGGAAACAAACAUAAACGAAAUAAAUUGGGGAGCGUGUACAUCCGAAAGUAUUAUUGAAGACCUAACACCGUAUUUGAAAAUCAAAAAACCAACCGUUCGAGCGACCGAUUUAAGCUCACACGUCGCAGCUGAUAGUACCAGCGAACAGCAGCAGCAGCCUUUAGCAUAUACAAAUGAAAUUGAUUAUACGCACGACGAUUCGCUAAAUCAGUUAAAAUUAAAUGCUAUGGAUGAUGAAAAACCGUUUUUUAAUUCAACAAUGGAAAGCUGCUUUAACGUUACAUUGCCUUGCGACAGCCAAAACAAUACAGUUGAUAAUAGCAUGAUCUCCACUGCAUCGGAAGAAGAGCGAGAAAACUACACGCUACUACGUUCUGUGGGCUUACAAAUCGUUAUGGAUCCCAACGCAGAGGAUCAAUUGAACUUAGCGCAAUUGGAGGAGAUACGUGCAAAGGCAAGCACAUUUGCGAAAUUCUACGCAGAAUUUAAGUAUCUUUGGAAAUUUAGCAGAGGCCUCAAAAGCUAUGAACAAUUAGAGCUUGAUUUCAAUAAACUAAUGCAACGUUUAAAUGAGCAUUAUAAAUUCGAACUGACCAUAAGCCAAACGAAACGUAUUGUGAAUUUGAUUACGCAAUGGUAUAUGCAAACAUAUCACAUGCGAUUUAUGGAGAAAAAACGUAUCUUAAAUAAAGUACAAUAUUAUUUGAACACUUUUGCAUAUCUGCCAAAAACUAUGCGACGCAUAUUUUAUUGCGAAGAGUGUCCACGUUAUUUUCUUUCACAACAGAAAUAUUUUGCCCACCGUCAAGGACACAAUGUGCUAGCGCCCACUUGCAGCAAUUGUCAAAAUAGCUUUAUGAAUCGCAAAGAACUGCACUUUCACACGAAAGUCUGUGCUACAUUCAAAUGCAUGGAAUGUGCCGUUAAAUUUGAUAACGCUGCCAAUUUAGAAUAUCACCUACGCAACAAUCAUAUAUUUCAAUGUGAGAAAUGUGGAAAACUAUGCGCUACAGCCGCCGAUUUAGAAGAGCACGAACAUCAGUAUCCCAUAAUUUGUGACUUAUGCAAUCGUUUAUUCGAAACGGCAACCGAAUUGCAAAAGCAUCGACAAGACUCCUUUCACUGGGACUACACAUGCCGGACAUGUGAGAUAUUUCUGCCUACUGCUACACAAAUGAAGCAGCAUCUAAGGCUAUGCAUGCGCAAUACAAUGUAACAUUAAUCUUUUUUAUUUUUAUACAUAUAUAUUUUUUAAUUUUCUAUAAUUUUAAGCAAAAAGUGCAUGUGAAUUCCCAGUAUUUUAAUUUUAAGUAGUAAAAGUGAAUUAAUUUAUAAUUUUAAAAUUCUUUUUAUACAACUUUUAUUUAGUUUUAUGAAUAAAAAGAAAUUGAUGAAGUGCUCGGAAAUUGAUAGCGUUAUUCUUAACUCCACUAAAUUGUAUUUGUUUUAUUUUUCUACAGUAUAAACAUUUACCCGUAUAGGUCUCGCCCGGCACAU